ACAAAAAAAGAAAUUCAUUUGCAUAGUCCUAUAUGAGAAACAGAGGUUUAUCGUUCACCAGAAUGCAUUUUCACAAUCGUUUCUUGUGAUAUUGCCUAGUUAGCUUGAUUGAUGUUAUGAGAAACUGUUGCAUUAGCGGACACCAGAUAUAAGUUAAGAAUUACUUGACUGCAAGAAGAUGUAAUUGAUAAGAGUUAUUCUAUUGAACGACUCUGUCAUUUCAUAAGAACUGCGAAUGUGUAGUGGUCAUUUUUCAGGUCAUUACUAGCCGCAUUUAGAAUUCAGCAUGAGAAUUUCCGAAUCAUGUCGUGUGCUCCCAACCAUAUGUGAAACCAGAAUCUGUAGAAAAUUCAGAAAAAAAAUAAAGGUCGUCUUCGCUGUUCCAUUCUGAUUGUAUCAUUUUAAAUUGUUUCGUUUUAGGUAUAAUGACUGCUUAAGUUUGCUCUUACUUUUUUUACGGAAUCUCCAAGCCAAGACCUCAACAUAAUAGACUUUAACAAGACAAGUCGUUAAUAGUGUAGAAAUAAAACGAAUGCCUAAAAUAAAAGUGCACGUGAUUACAGGAAUAGCGUAGUGGCGACGUUUCUUUAUAAGUACAUAAAAUUUGGAUUUAGAAGAAGACUGAAGUGAUAAAAGUACCCCAAUAAAGUAGAUAGCCAAUUGAUCCAUAACUAGAUUUGGGAUAAUCCUCAACCCAUAAAUAUUGUUUAAAUCAGUGAAACACGUGGCAUCUGAAACUAAUUCAACAUGAAAGUGAAAAGAGGAGGCAGGAAUUAUGUUCACCUGAUUGUCUCUACUCCCCUUCUGAUUGUUGGCAUAGGACUGUUCAGUUAUGAAGGAAUAAUUGUGGAUUCAUUGUAUAAUGAGAUAUUCGUCAUGAAAGAAAAUAACUAUUACUUUAAACAAUGGAAGGAUCCUGUGGCUGAUAUGCGUAUAGAUUUUUAUUACUUUAAUUGGACGAAUCCACAAGAUCUCAUGAAUACCUCCAUCAAACCCAGAUUUGAAGAACUUGGACCUUUUGUAUUCAAGGAAAUAGUUCAUAAAUGGAAUAUAACAUUCAACGAUAAUGAUACGAUAUCGUUUCGAAAUUUUAAGGAAUACUUUUUCCAACAGGAUAAAUCAAAUUUCACAUUAAAUGAUAAUAUCACAGCCCUCAAUGUUAUACCUCUGAUAGCUUCUGAUAAAUCAAGAAACUGGAAUUACUUCUUGCAAAAAGGACUGUCGAUGACACUUAACACCUUCCCUCAUCAUCUAACGAAACCAGCGAAGGAAUGGUUGUUCGAGGGAUAUGAAGAUACUCUUUUAACUACUUCCAGAUAUUUACCAUUAGGUGAUUUUCCUGAUUUUGAAAAGUUUGCUUGGUUCUAUCAGAGGAAUGCUUCUGCUAGCUACGAAGGUGACUUCAAUAUGGGUACAGGUAGAGGAAAUACUACCUUUGGAAAGAUAUACAUGUGGAAUUUCAGAAAUAGAAGCGAUUAUGACGAUCACUGUGGAGAAUUACAAGCUGCUAUGGAACUAUAUCCGCAGCAUUUGUCAAAAGAUUUUGUUUACCUUUUCUUCCCAGACUUCUGCAGAAGAGUUAUUUUGGACUACAAUGGAACAUUUAUAUGGAAUGGAAUAGAAGUCAACAGGUAUAUAGGAGCAGAGAAUUUCUUAGACAAUGGUAAAUUUCACCCAGAAAAUACUUGUUUGUGUAACAGAAAAUGUUUAAAAUUUGGUGUAUUCGAUUAUUCCAAGUGUAAAUUUGGUAUCCCGGCCUACAUAUCACUACCCCAUUUCAACAAGGCUGAUCCCAAAUACAUAAAUGACAUAGAGGGUAUGAAACCAAAUGACGAUAUUCACAGAGUAGAAAUGUUAAUAAAUCAGAGAACUGGUGUAGCAGUUGAUUUGAAAUUUGCUGUCCAAUUGAAUCUGUAUCUAGAGCCAAAUCCUAGUAUAAGCCUAUACAGGGAUGUUCCAGAAAUAAUGUUCCCAGUGUUCUGGUUUGUUGUGAAUAUUACGAUGGAUACGAAGAAUUUGAUUCUUCUCAGAAUUGCACUCCACUUAAAUUUGAUAUUUCAAAUUAUUUCAGUUGUUUUAAUAGGUAUAAGUUUAUUUUUACAAAUGAUGUUUUUUUAUAACUAUAUGAAAGGAAGCGGAAAGAAAAAAUGUGAUAAUAGAACUUGUAAUUCUGAAAACUUGAACCUGCUAUCGUCAAAAUUGAACCGAAAUACUUAGAGAUUUGGGUUUUCCAAUUAAUUUCAUGAAAAAUGACUGAUUAUGAUUAAAAAUGGAAAAUUGUUAAAAAGAACAACGGUUUUUUCAUGAGAACUUUCCUCAAUGGUAUCCAGUAUUAGAUACCAUAGCUGGUCAAUGAGUCGAAAUAGAGUCCAAUGCAACUCUUAAUUAUCCUUAUAUUACAACCCCAGUUAUCUUAGGUAAUAAUAUAAUAAUACAAAUUCAAUUUAAUCAAUUUUUUAAACAUGUAAAUAAUUGUUGCAUUUCUCUAUCAUAUUGAAAUUUCUUUCGGAGUCUAGAUAAAAAAAAAGUUUUCUAUGAAAAUACUAUGUACCUACUCGACAAAUUCAAUUUGGCGGGUAAAAAAUAGAUGUGCAACGAAAAAAAUUGCAAAAAUUGGUUUGUAGCUCGGUUAAUACAGAGCAUAGAUUCUAAAUCCCUUAAAAUCAGGUCCUUGAUAGAUUAUAAGACUGGCUCAGUUAAUCCGGAGCAUAGCGACUUUGAUAAUCGGGGUUUACUAUCCUACUAUACAGGGUGUUCACCGGGAUGACCUAUUAGCCGUUAUGAAAAACUAAUUUUGAAUUAGGCUGGAUAUUUGCUCAUUGGGUUUGAGACAACGAUCUUUCUCCCUAAAAUAUUUUCAGAUCUCUACAACUUCCGGUUAUACCGGAAACAGACUACUACUUCCUUAUUUCAAAUUGCAAACCCAGUAUAUUAUUGCAUCAUUUGAUGGCUUUUU